CUCUUAGCAGCAAGAGCAAGUGUACGAUGGCUUCUGAAACUUGAAAGUCAUGUCUACUCCUCUGUCUGGAAUAAUUGCAGCAGUGAAUUAGCUACAGCUGUCUUUCUGCAUUAAUGGCUUACAGAAUAUAUGAAGAUCUCUUUGUCUUUUUUCCCCCUAACAGGAAAUUCAGCAGACUGUGUACCUGUAUAGGGAAAAAAGCUGAUGGUAAACUACCAUCGUUAAUGGUUGAUCUAUAGUCAAGAAAUCUGCUUGAGGCUGCAUCCCUUCAGCAGGUAUUUAGUUUAUUUGAAGGAGCUUGACAAGAGGAUUCAUAGCAAAAGAAAAUGUGUGGGGGUACACCAAAAGCUACAAAUGGCGCAGGGGAACAAUUAGAAAGAGCAAGAAACAGAAGCAAUGUACCACUUGGAAAUAAUCUCUCUUGUACCAAAUUGGAUGAAAGGAUUAGAAAAUCUCUGAGAGACCAAAGUGUCAGCUGUGUGAGCAAAGUGACUAGACUACUUCAAAACAGCUGGUCCUCUUCAGAGUUUGACUUGAAUGAAAUCCGCCUGAUAGUUUACCAAGACUGUGAGAGGAGAGGCAGACAGGUCUUAUUUGAUUCCAAAGCAGUCCGCAAAAUUAAUGAAGCUGUGGUUCAGAAAAUGGCAGAGGAUGCUUCUGUAAAAACUUCUGCCAAGAACUGCCAAGGAAGCAAUGGGAACAACACUGUUUCUUCCCAUAGUACCUCAAUAACCUGUGUGCAAAAUGUCAAAGAACAUAUACCGAAGUAUCAGUACACCAGACCAGCAUCUGAUGUCAACAUGCUGGGAGAAAUGAUGUUUGGCUCAGUGGCAAUGAGUUACAAAGGCUCCACCUUGAAAAUUCACUAUAUACGCUCUCCCCCACAGCUGAUGAUAAGUAAAGUUUUCUCAGCCAGGGUUGGAAGCUUCAGUGGAAGCAACAAUAACUUACAAGAUAGCUUUGAAUACAUCAACCAAGAUACCGGUGUUGGAAAGCUGAGCUCGAAUCAGAAUGGUUUGGGAACCUGUCGCAGUGGAAGUAAUUUAGGUGUGUUACAGCUGUGUAGCAGCAAGCUGCUGCAGGGUGUGUCUGAAGGAGGUCCCCUCCGGCUCAUCCGCAGUGCUUCUUUCUUUGCAGCACACAGCACACCUGUUGAUAUGCCUAGCAGAGGACAAAAUGAGGACAGAGACAGUGGCAUUGCUCGGUCAGCAUCUCUGAGCAGUCUUCUGGUCACCCCUUUUCCAUCUCCAAGCUCUUCAUCAUCGUCUUCUAGCAGCUACCAACGUCGCUGGCUCCGAAGUCAGACAACCAGUUUAGAGAAUGGAAUUAUUCCAAGGUGGUCCACUGAAGAAAUGUUUAGUAUGGCUGAUGAAAGCUGCAACUCUAAUCCUGCAAUGGUUCGGAGGAAAAAAAUUGCAAUCAGCAUAAUCUUUUCUCUGCCUGAAAAAGAAGAAACACAGAGAAACUUCCAGGACUUUUUUUUCUCUCACUUUCCUCUUUUUGAAUCUCACAUGAACAAGCUGAAAUAUGCAAUAGAAAAGGCCAUGAUCUCAUGCAGAAAAAUAGCAGAAUCCAGCCAAAGAGUGCAGGUUUAUAUCAGCCGUGUCAUGGAUGCCCUGGGAGAAUUCAGAGUUACUAUCUGGAACCUAUAUUCUGUUCCAAGGAUUGCAGAGCCCGUGUGGCUUAAUAUGAUGUCCAGCACCCUGGAGAAGAAUCAGCUAUGCCAGCGUUUUCUUAAAGAAUUUACGUUUCUGAUAGAACAGAUCAACAAAAAUCAGUUUUUUGCUGCUUUGUUAACGGCAGUGCUGACAUACCAUCUGGCUUGGGUCCCAACAGUAAUGCCAGUUGACCAUCCUCCCAUAAAGGCCUUCUCUGAGAAGCGCACAUCACAGUCUGUGAACAUGCUGGCAAAAUCCCAUCCAUACAACCCUCUCUGGGCACAGCUUGAGCUAGGAGUCACAACGAGACACCAAGCCAACAGAGUAGCAGUCUGGCAACUGGCAGUACUUCCAUUCCUUCACAGUUACAUGAGUGGGCUUGGGCCAAGAUUUUCUUUCAAUGCCAGCUCCUCAGGUGAUCUCUAUGGUGCCAUAGGCUCUCCAGUUAGAUUGACUCGAACUGUUAUUAUUGGGAAACGUAAGGAGUUGGUGCAGCGCUUGCUCUAUGUUCUAACUUACUUCAUUCGGUGCUCUGAGCUGCAGGAAAAUCAGCUGACGUGGAGUGGGAAGGCUGGAGAAGGAGAACAAGUUCUGAAUGGAAGCAAGAUAACAACUGCACUAGAAAAGGGCGAGGUAGAGGAGUCUGAUUAUGUGGUUGUCACUGUUAAAAAUGAACCUGCUCUUGUGCCUCCAAUCCUACCUCCGAAGAAUCAUGGAAGUAAGAACAAUGGUAUUGCAGAGUGGGUACAUGACCCAGAAAGCACUCAUGCUGUCCCAGCCUCUUCAAAAGAAAGAGAAGCAAUAGGAAAGGCUGGUCAGAACUCUGAAGCAUCUGUUGACUGUCUAACUAGCAGUUUCUGUAAAGGAGCAACUGAUGGUAGGAAAAGAACUAUCACUGAUACAGGAAUUGUAUCCUGCCACUUUGAAGAGCCGUCUACUCUGGAGGAUUUAAUGGAUAUAAAGAAGAACAAGAACCAGAAUGAGAGAAAAGUGGAAAAGCAAUUGUCUAGUAGGUCAUCUGCCUUACCUUGUCCUGAAAGGUCUGGCCACAGGAGUUCACACUUAGAAAAGGUCACCUUUCAGAUUGGGAGUUCUGCAUCUCCAGAGUCAGACUUAGAAACUCGUAGAAGAGAAAUGGAAGAAAAUCUGAAGACAUACCGAAAAAGUCCAGAGGUAAUACAUUGUGCCUCAGGUUCCACAAAUGUGACUGUGGAUGCUUCCCAGAAUCAAAAAGAAAGUUGUGAAGCUGCCUUCAUACCCUUCAUUAAACAUGUUUGUGAGGGGAAAGAGAGUAUACUUAACCAAAAUGUGGAAAGUAAAAGAACUGAAAUGAAUUUAGUGAACAUAAUAUCUAGUGACCCACUUUUACCCACAGAUAACAUAGAAACUGUAAAAUUGCCAAGCCUGAAAGAAGCUAGAACUUUAUGCUCUGGCAAUCUAGAGGACUGUUCCCCUGGCUAUGUAGAAGUAGGUUCUGCUGUCAAACGAGAUUCCCCUAAAGUAGGUGCUAAAGAUGUCCCCUAUGGGGAUGCUGGAAGAAAAAUCUCCUUCAGAGUUGAAGGGGACAUUCCAAGGAAUGAGAGUUCAGACAGUGCUCUUGGAGCCAGUGACGAAGACGGGGAUUGUUGUAUCCCUGAAGAAGUGCAUCAUCAUAAUGCCAGCAAAAGACUUGAAGAGUUUGCAGAAGUGGAACUUCCAUUACCAAGGUCAAAUACAAUCAGCAGUCAAUGUGUGAAAAAUUUUGGAAGAUCACUUUUAGGUGGUUAUUGUCAUACAUACAUACCUGAUCUAGUGCUGCAUGGAAUAAAUAAUGAUGAAAAACUCAAGCAGUGUCUACUAGCAGACCUACUUCAUGCAAUGCAUCAUCCUGUGCUAGAUGAGCCCAUAGCAGAAGCUGUCUGCAUUAUUGCAGACACUGAUAAAUGGAACGUACAAGUAGCUACAAGCCAGAGAAAGAUGAUGGACAAUAUGAAGUUAGGCAAGGAUGUUUUGGUUUCAAGUCAAGUGUCCAGUUUAUUGCAGUCAAUUUUACAGCUUUACAAACUCAACGUCCCAGCUGACUUUUGCAUAAUGCAUCUUGAGGAUAGACUACAGGAGAUGUAUCUCAAAAGCAAAAUGCUUUCAGAGUAUCUGCGAGGACACACAAGAGUGCAUGUAAAAGAACUAGGAAUUGUAUUGGGGAUUGAAUCCAAUGAUUUGCCUUUGUUGGCUGCUAUAGCAAGUACUCAUUCCCCAUAUGUUGCUCAAAUACUCUUAUAAAUUAAAAUCUCAGGAUAGUCAUUCCUUUAAAGUGAAAUAAAGAAAAUGGGAAUAUUGAAUGAAGAACAGAGGUGCCAAACACUGGUAAAGGGGAACACUGGGGAAAGCAGGUGAUGACUCUACAUUCUACCACCUUCUGAUUCUGAUUUCAACCGGAGGACUUCAGUUUACAUAACAUAAAAGGCAUUCAGGUUUUUCUUACAAUCUCACUUCUGACUUAAAUCAAGAAAGUGACUGCAUACUUGCAUUUUAUUUUUAUUCAAAGUUAACACUAUGUGGCAGACCAGGAGCUGCCCUCCAAAACGCUGCUCAAAACCAUGAAGUAACAGUUAAAAGAACAAGUGGGUUAGAACAGAUUUCAUAAUACUACUCUUGAGUGUGGUGUGCUGUAUGAUUCUUUGCUGGGGAGGAGGAGGAGCUCUAAGCUACAUAUAUACCAUUCCUAUACACAAGUGUAUUAGAUGGGACAUGAUUCUCUUGCAGAGCAUGGUUUUAUAUAGUAGAAGUGAUGGGCUCGGAGGAAGAAGCCUGGAUUCAGCAGCCAAAUGUUAUAUGGGAAUGGAGGUGUUAAUGAGGUGAUGCAACUUUUCCCUGAAAGGAUAAGCAGUUAAACCUGUGGCUGCUUCUGUUUCAUUGAAGAGGCAUUCAAAUGACCCCAUGGCUGUAAGUGAAAUGGACUUCUGAGAUAAGGAUUUUGUGGGAAAGCCUUAUGGAAUUUCUGCUACAAGUUUACAUUUGUUGCUGAUGCAACUUAAAUAACUCUUGGGUUUCCGUAUGACUGUAGUCCUGGGAACUAAACCUGUGUCUUGGUGUCAUCAAGUAUUGCUGUCUCCAAGGAGGAUGAAUUUGACAAACUUUGUACGACACCAGUGCUGUCAGUGCAUGUCUGUGCGCACACACCGAGCGAUUGGCACAAACUGAAGACAGCUCUACUGAGGAAAUGAAAGACAACAACCAACCCCUCACCAAACCUUUAGUCAAAAGUAUUACUUUUUUUUCAGGUAUGAGUUGUCAUUCUAAGUAGGAAUAAAAGAGGAGCGUUGUUUGAAGUAAAAUGAAAUUUAGGGGGCAAACCCCAGUAUUUGAUAUUACUAUGAAUGUUUGCAAUUACCCUUUUUGAUGUUACAGAAAUCUUGAACUAUCAUCCGGGUGCCUUUCUUUAAUAGGUUAACUACUCUGAGACCAGAAACGACUUCUUUGCUAGGUGAUACUGGCCUUCUGUGUUUCUAGACAGCAAAAUAAAGUUUUGUAUUUUACUGUUCUCAUGUGGUUGAUAACAUGAAUGUAAAAAAAUAUUUUGUGCAUCAAGCACUCUAAGCUGGAUAUGAAGCUGUGGACCAGACCGAGGAAAGAACAAAGGAUCAAAACAUUCUUAAAGUAACGGAAAACUCAAUGUUGGACCAUCCUAUUGUGAGCCAGCAUGAAUAAGCUGUCUGAAAUUGUCAUCUUGCAAGCAAAUUGCUAGCAGCACAAUUGCCUGGGAAUAGUGAAUUCUCAUAAUAAACUCCUGAUCACCAGUUAUGAGUUUUCCUCUUCGGUGAUUACAGAUUUUUAACACUGAAGGGACACACUUUUAUGAAAAGUGUUUUUAUUUCCUACUACCUUGAUGUUUGGACUUUUCUACAGUAAACUUUCAAUUAUUUGAAACAAUGAAAUAUGUGUAUUAUGAGUUGUUUAAAUGUGAUGGGGGGUGGGGUCUUAAUUAACCUUGUGUUGUUUUUUGAGGGAAAUAGGUAGACUGACCUACUGUGAAAAGGGGUUGUUUCCAAGUGGGGGAAUACUUAGUAUUCUGAUACAACACUUCUAAAGCUGUUCUGACCUAAAAUUCCAGAUGUUUCUUUUAUUUCAUUUUCAUACUUUUCCUAAUAUUCUGCCUAGAAAGGCUAAAAUCUUUUUAUAGUUCAGGUUUUCUCCUACUGCUUAUACUUAAGCAAAAUUUAGUAUCUUUGGUCUGUGAAUCCUUCUAUCUGCUGUAAAGUAAACUUACUUUAGAUACUCUAUUCCACAAGGUUAAGACAAAAGAACUACAAAACAAGUCACAUAUUCCUAAACUACCCCUAUGAUGGAGAAUGUGUGCAUGCACAUGUGUAGGACUAUGAAACUACUUCGCUGAGUGUAUAUAGAAAUCCUCGUGUACUUUAUUUCGUAUCACUCUUAAAUAGUAUCUGAGUUCAUUAAAAGUCAAAUUCAGUUAUCUUAAAGUAUUAGUUGGUUUUUAUCUGAACAGACUGACAAUUCUUCAAAGAAAUAUGUGCUAACAUGGAAAUCUGAGCUUUUGUUAUCAUAGAGUUUACUAAGGAGGUAAUAGGUCAGCCAACAUGCAAUGAUUGCAAGACUUAAUAUGUUGAUUAGUAACAUCCGAUUUCACUGCAGAUAUUUUUUUUUUAAGAUAAAAAAAUUAAAAACCUGCCUUCUGGCAAAACAUCAAAUUAACCUUGGGGUGGCAGGUGAGCUGAUGGUGAAAAGCACUUGGAUUUUCUUCAUCCCAGGCUAAAACUUUAUUGUUCUUGCUGCUUUCUCUAACACUUUGCUGCUCUUCAGAAUUAUGUGAUGAACUAUCUUGUUCUCACUGGUUUAGUUCUGGAGGAAAGAAAAUUUGAACUGAAAGCUGUUUAUUACCUUUAAAAGGCUUUAAACUAAAGAAAGUUAAAUACAUGUUUUCCCUUCCACCAAAUGUACUACCUCAGUUGUCAGGAUUCCACCUUCUAGGGCUUUUUUUGACUCGGUAAGUCUUUAACUUGUUUUUGUUAGCAUCUUGCUGUAUAUGUAAAUUAGUGUGGCAUGACAGGGCAGUAAGUAUUUACAGAUGUGUUGUAAGACAUCUUUAGGGCAUGUUUCUGUUUUUAUUUUAAUAGGAUGAAAAGUGAUAUGAAUGUACAGCUGUGUUUAGAACUGAUAAUGUAGCUUAAUUUUCAAAUAUUCCAAAGUUGGUUUUAUCAGUAUUAUGUAGGUUUUUUGUAAACUUAAAUACAUACUUUCUUGGUUAAGUGGGAGUGCACAGUAUUUCCAAGAUCCCACAUAAAUGCAGUUUACACAGUGUGAUUUAAAGAAUGUAUGCUUUUUUUUUUUGGGCAAGACUAAACCUUCAUACACAGAAAGGAGAAAUUAACUGCUAAAUUGUGGUAUUUAAUCUAAAUUACUUCUUUAACUCAAAACAAUACCAACAUUUUAAUAAAGCAGGUACUCUCUGAACUAAUGUAUACAACUUUAUUCUGCCCAAAAUAAAUGAAUGGGCACUAAUUCUGUAAUUUUGUCAGUCACAUUUUUAUUGACAGCUUCCAGAGUUGUAGAUUGAUCUUCCUUAUUCCCUUCUAUGUGCAUCUUUAGUCUUGAAGUAAAAAACCCUUUUCAGACAUACCAAAUUCUUGUAUAUAAAGUUUACACAAAAGUAUUGUUUAUCCCUCAACUAUAAUUUCAAUUAAAAGGAUCCAACUCAAAAUUGAGUCUGAACUGCUGAAUAUACUCUAGACACUUUUUCUGGGUUUUUUUUUAGCUCAAGUGGGCUAAUUUGACAUACGUAGCAGGCUUUCCAUAGUAGAAAAAGUUGUGUGUUGCUAUUGCAUGUUUGGAGAACAUAGGCUUUAAUAAGGAAUGACUGAGUUCUGAUGUCAAAAUACAUGUGGGGUUUUUUUCUUAUAGCUGUUUAUGUAUGCUAUCAUUUUGGUUUAUUUCUUUGCGGCAUUUGGUGCAAUAAAGUUUCUGAAAUGAACAUAAA